CCUCUACUAAAAUGGUAGCUUAAACCACAACAUGAUCAAAAGGAGCAGAAGAAAACACCACCUUUCAAAGGCAGCCUCCAAAAACAGAGGCACCAAAGGAAGCUUUUUCUAGGAGUAGCCUCUAAAGUUGUAGAACUGCUGGAAAGUUUGGGCUCCUAUCUACCCUGAUGGUAUUGCUAGCCAGAGGGUACAUUUUGGCUGACAUAAGAACUGGAGGCUGGCUGAUUCACAGUUUUUCACCAUGAGGCGCUCCAGUGGCAUGCAAGAAGAGUCGCCCUUUCCAGGAGUUGGAGGUCCUACAUCCCCAAGGCCUCAAGUUGCACCCCUCCAAGAUCAUGGGGCAUAUGAGAGUGAACGCCAAACCGAUCCUCCUGAUUCAGGAGUGAAGCUGGAGAGCAAGGAGACCGUGGAAUAUGUCAAUUUACCCUACUUGUCAUCACAAGCUAACAAGUUCUUGGAUGUGCAGCCUCUUAGCUCUCAGGAGGGAGCUGUAUCCAGGAGGGUGGGUAAGCAGGAUACAAGUCAUGGGUUAGCCCUGCCAGCCAGACCUGCAUCACUCCCUGCCCCCAUCGCAGCCACGGUGCCUGUCAGCACAGAAAUCCCAAGCGUGCACUAUGCAUCAUCGCUUUGCCUAAUAAACACUGCUGUCCCUGGGCCCCAGAGUGGCCAAGCCUUGCUCCCAGGCACACAAGCUUCUGCAGCUGAGCAGUUGAGAACCUUGCCCAGUUUACCACCAAGGCAAAGGAAACCCAGUUCUGAAAAAUGGCAACACUUUGCUCUGCACAGAACAGAAGAAAAUGUGGCUGUGUGCAAGAUGUGCCACCUCAAAAUUCAGCUCGUGGAAGAAGACGUCUCCAAGAAUUUGUGCAAAGCCCCCCUACGUGAGCACCUGCUGUUUUACCACCCACAUCUUCUGUCCCAGAAAGCUGCACCCCCACAAGAAACUGCACUGGCAGCUGCAGAGUUGCAAGCCAGUGAGGAGUCAGAUGGGGCACUGAAGCACUGGGGUCCUACACACCCAACUGCAGUACUGUACAACACUGAAUGUGCCUGGAUGCUAGUAGAUGAGAUGCUCCCAUACUCCCUGGUCGAUACUCAUGGAUUCCGGAAGUUGAUGCGUACCGUGGCCCCAAAGUGGAAGGUGCCCGGACAGAGUUUCUUUGAAAAGCAAGCUGUGCCAGCCUUGGAAAAAAGCAUCAAUGGAGCAAUUGAGCAAGACCUGAAGAGGUCUCUCUGCUCAGUAGUCCACUUCACCAUGGGUGGCUUGGCCACUGACCCAACAUGCUACUUGUCUCUUCUGGCACACUGGGUUACAGACAUUGAUGGUGUUCUCUGCAGGCGCCUGGCAGUGGCGGCCGUGUUCGAGGUGCAGGAGAACAACAUGCCAGGAACAAUAGCCCUCAGACUAGAAGAGGUGAGGGCCAGGUGGCUCCGUCCCUUGCGGCUGGAAAUGGGGUAUGUGACCACCACCAGCUGGUUAUUGGCAAAAGAGGUAGAGGGUUCUUGUCUGGGGCCUCUUAUCUGCCCUGCAAAAUGCUUGAGCCGGCUGCUGCAAGACGUGAUGGAAAGAUCUCCCACUGAGUGGUUGCAAGUCCUAGAGGACAUCUGCAGGCAAUCCCAUCUCUCUUCGGAGGAUCGAGUCAGCCUGCAUGAAUUGCAGUCAAAAUAUGGGCUCCCUCAUGAACAGCUGCCAGAAGAGAUGCCAACAUCAUGGCAAGCCAUCCUUCAUGUGGUGGAACUUCUUCUAGCUCAGGAACCUGCCUUUCGUGACUACAUGGAGAACAUUGGCCUCAACCUUGCACCUGAGGACUGGAGUCUGAUGUACCAUCUAGUCCACCUGCUGAAACCAUUUGAAGAUGCCAUCAGUAUGAUUAAUAAGGGAAAUGCUACCCUGGGCCAAAUCCUUCAUGUGUUGCAUGUGCCAAACAGCAGGAUAAAAGGGUUUCUCCAACAGCUGCAGCAAGAAAGAGAUGCUUCUGCUUCUGCACUUGUCCGCUUCGCCUCUGAGCUGCUGCAAUCUCUGGAAAGUAGCAGAGACCUAGAAACAAUAAGAGCUGACAUUAUCUACCAGAAUGCAGCCUUCCUGCACCCACACUUCAGGGAUUGCACAUUUAUAUAUUCAAAAGGAGAUGUGGAGCUGGGCAGGGAGCAGUUGAAGGCGAGGGUGAUACUGCUGACUGAGAAGGAAUACUUGAGGUCCUUCCGUGACCAUGCAGCUUCCUCUUCUAUUGAAACGGAAGGCCAGUCCAUGUAUUGCAAAGCGAUGGAGGUGGCAAGGCAAGAACUGGACUCCUACCUGCAGGACCAGAUUGACCUUACCCAGUUGGACUUGGAUCCCUUGGUCUACUGGAAUGCCAAGCAGCAUGCAUGGCCAUUCCUCUCCCAAGUGGCAUUUCAGUAUUUCUCAUGUCCUGCCACCACUUUCUUCGCAGAUUUGGUUCUUGAUGUGGAAGGCUUGUUUGGAUCAGGCAAAUUUCAAGAGAGGCUUGCACUUAUCAGCCUGAAUGCAGACUGGGUGCCUGCAGAAUUCCGGGUUCCCCCCCUUCAGGGUACUGAGGAUGGACUGGAACCAGAGGACUGAGUGAUUGCAUGGAGGGGAGUGAUAGGACAUUAGUAGUAUUCAUGGCACUAAUAACUAAAUGUUGCACACUAUUGCUACUUCUUACAUGUCUAUAUAUAAAACAGAAUCUGGCUUUUGUAUUUAAUUGUACACCAGUCUGACUUUGGCAGACUUCUUAAGGGUUAUUGACUCGACAUGUGGUGUUGGCUUAAUGGAAUUCUGAAUAUAUUCAAUAAAAGUUACUGAAAUCUCAA